AUGGGAAGAGUAAUGUCAGAAUUAUUAGCAAUUGAUGCACUCAACUUUACCCAUCCUUUGGAUCAGUUUUUUGAAGGAUAUAUUCGUCGUGAACUUCGCAAAGCAUUUAUAGGAUUUGCGAUACGUACAGCUUGGAGUUUUGAUCAAAUAGCUACAGGCAAUUGGGGAUGUGGAGUUUUUGGAGGAGAUUUGCAUUUAAAAAGCCUUAUUCAACUAAUGGCGGCUUCCCUUGCAUGCCGUCCCCUCGUCUUUUUCACAUUUGGAAAAAAAUUGUUUGCACAAGAAUUGGAAGAAACUGUAAAAUUAUUGCAAGCAGAAGGGUUCACUAUUGGCAAGCUUUACCGAUUAAUCAUUAAAUAUUGUAAAUUUGGAAUUGCUCGGCCAAAAAGUCUUUUUGGAUGGAUAAAGGAGAAUUAUCGAGAUUUUGUAUAA